AUGACGUCCAACUCCCGGCAAGUCGCCCUGGUGGUGGGCGCAUCCCGGGGCAUCGGCCGCCAGAUCGCCAUUGACUUGGCCAAGGCGGGCUAUACUGUCGUCGUCGCCGCAAAAUCCACCACCCCCCCCUCCGACCUCGCCAACAUCUCCCCCUUCCCCCCAGACCCCAACUCCCCCCAAUCCACCAUCACCACCGUCGCCCGCGAAAUCACCCUCGCCGGCGGCCACGCCACAGCCCUCCCCGUCGACACCACCAACCCAGCCAGCAUCCAGCAGCUUGUGGCUAAGACUAUCGAUCUGCACACCCGCCUCGACAUCCUCAUCUACAACGCCGGCGCCAUCUGGUGGGCUCCCGUGGCUAGCACACCGCUGAAGCGUUUCCAGCUCAUGCAGAGGGUUAAUGUUGAGGGGUUGUAUGCGGUUUUGCAGGCUGCGUUGCCGUAUUUGAAGGGGGUUUAUGAGCAGCAGCAGCAGAAGGGUUAUCAGAAGGAGCAACAAGGGGGCCCGAGGAUUGUGGUGGUGUGUCCGCCGAUAUAUAGUCGUUUUUUCCGGGGCAAGACGGCAUAUGCGGUGGGGAAGGUCGGGAUGAGUGUGUUGGUGAAGGGGUUGGGGAUGGAUUUUGUGAGGGAGGGAGUUUUGGGGGAUGGGGGUGUUGGUGGAAUGGCGAUUACGGGGAUUUGGCCGGCUGUGGCCAUCGAAUCCGGCGCCACAGGCCGAUUCACACGCAACGACCCCUCCUAUGCCCGCGACCUGCGCAAAGCCACCAUCUUCUCUGACGCCGUCCUCACCAUGAUCCGCGCCCCGGCCUCUGUUGUCAACGGCCAGCUCGAGUUGGACGAAGAUUUCCUGCGCAGCCACGCCGGCGUUACCGACUUCUCUGGGUAUUCCGUCGUGCCGGGCUCAACACCCCGGCGUAUCAUGCCGGCUGAGUUGCCGGAUUUGACGGUACGGGAGCAGGAUGAUGAGGGGAUGAGGACGGAUAGUUCUAAGUUGUGA